GUGGGGAGGAGGGGUGGGACAGAGAGAGCGCCGCACGGGGCUUUCCCAGCGUCCCAGUGGCCUUUCCGUGAUGCUGGCCUGAUAGCCUGGCCCAGGAAGACUUUCCCUCCACCGCUGCUGGCCGGCAAGGAAGCUUCCUGCCUUUGGCCUCCUCUUCAGCCAGGAGCCGCUAAGACCCGUUCUCAGCAGCAAAGACGUGCCAAACCAGAGCGUUGGUUUUUCAUUAUUUUUCUAGAACAGCGGGGUUGUUAUUACAAGUGUUCAGCAAGAGAGAAUAAGGAAGCUAAAAGAAUCAGAGCAUCUUUAAAAAUAGCUUGCAAUUUGGGAAUUGCCUGACCAGCCAAAGAUCCGGACGUGUCCGACUCGGCAGGGCGUUUUCCAACCACUGUUUUGCAGGUGGUGCAUCUACUUAUCGCCUCCUUCCACCGCGUCCCCUUGGCCAAGGCGGAGGCCCUGCUGGUCAAUUCCCACCUGGGUUUCAGAGAUGCUGCAGCUGGAUUGCAUGCAGCCCCACUGGGAAGGGAAGGCGAGCCCUGGGCCAGAAGAAAAGUUCUAGAUGUUUCUGCCAAGUGCCGUUUGUACUUGCUCCUUUAAGACUGUCUCUGUAAGUCACCCCGAAAGAGAGACAGUAGCGGGCUCCCACCCAGGAGGCAGAGUGAGAGUAUGCAGGGGUGGGGGUACGGAACGGACACACGCCCCAGGACGGACUGGGGCAGGCACUCAGGUGAGAGAGAGCUCAGGAUAUUGCGGUGAAGCGGAGAGGAGGCUCUCACCCUGACUUAAACGUUUGUCCUAGGAGGAUCCCUGGUGCGUCCCUUCUGUCUACUUAGCUCUGGUAUCUUGGACCCCAGAGGGCAUAUCAGAGAGCAGCCAUCUACAAAACCAGAAGAAAACUGAGUUCCUGUCUCCACCCUCACCACAGGAAUUUUCAGAUUCGUCUUCCCACUAUUGGACGCCCAGGGCAGUCGUAAAAUGAAUGUAUGACUCCUCAUCAUCUCCUGAACUUUCUGGAAUUCUUGUUCGGUUUGCAACUUGUUUUGAAAGUGGGGCAGGGAGGACAAGGGGCCUGACAGAUGCGGCGGGGUGGAAAGCGGCACCCAAGGCCGCUUCCGCACCCCUUAGUGAGUGGGAAGGCUUGCGGCGGAUCGCAGGUUUUUUUUAAGGCCUCCCCACUCUUAAAUCUCACAGGGACGGUGCGAUUCCGAGUCCUAUGACUCGGGGGUCCCGAAUCUUUAGGGAACCAGGUCACAAGACUGGAGAAUGCGGGGCUCAGCCGCCCCUGGCCGGGUGCCCCGCACUCCUCAGACCGGGGACGCACAGACAGUCAAGGCGACGUGUCCCAGAGGUCCGCAGCCUUCCCCCACCCUCGGCACCGACCUCGGCGGCAACGCCCCGCGCCGCACGGUGCUUUGCCAAUCGCCGAGCCUCUCCCAGGCCCAAACGGUUCCGGCCCCGCGAGCGCCCGCGCGCUCCAGGGCGGCGCAGGCUCCGGGAAGGUCUUUGUGCGUAAAGGCCGGCGGCGCGACUCAAAUCUCCCGCGCUCGGCGGGGCCGGGCGCGUCCAAUGGGAGGCCGGACCACGCCCCCUCCGCAGCGCGCGGCUGGCCAGGCAUUUAAAGGACGCGGGCGCGGGGAACCCGCCAGUGCCCGGGUUCCAGCUGCCCCUCCGCCUCUCGCCAGUCUCCGCCGCCGCUCCCGCUCGCCAUGCUCUCCGUCCGCGUCCCGCUCGCCACCAUCGCUGACCAGCAGCAGCUGCAGCUGUCGCCGCUGAAGCGGCUCAGCCUGGCCGACAAGGAGAACACGCCCCCGACCCUCAGCGGGACCCGCGUCUUGGCCAGCAAGGCCGCGAGGAGAAUCUUCCAGGACCCCGCCGAGCUGGAAACUAAAGUACCCGCCAACCCCAGCGUUGAGGAUGAGCCGUUACUGAGAGAAAACCCCCGCCGCUUCGUUGUCUUUCCCAUCGAAUACCAUGAUAUCUGGCAGAUGUACAAGAAAGCCGAGGCCUCCUUCUGGACGGCUGAAGAGGUGGACCUUUCCAAGGAUAUUCAGCACUGGGAAGCUCUGAAACCCGACGAGAGACAUUUUAUAUCUCAUGUUCUGGCUUUCUUUGCGGCAAGUGAUGGCAUAGUCAAUGAAAACCUGGUGGAGCGAUUUAGCCAAGAAGUUCAAGUCACAGAGGCCCGUUGUUUCUAUGGCUUUCAAAUUGCCAUGGAAAACAUACACUCUGAAAUGUACAGUCUCCUUAUUGACACUUACAUUAAGGAUUCCAAAGAAAGAGAGUAUCUCUUCAAUGCUAUUGAAACCAUGCCCUGUGUGAAGAAAAAGGCCGACUGGGCCUUGCGUUGGAUUGGGGACAAGGAGGCUACGUAUGGAGAGCGUGUUGUGGCCUUUGCAGCGGUAGAAGGAAUCUUCUUCUCUGGCUCUUUUGCAUCGAUAUUCUGGCUCAAGAAGCGGGGGCUGAUGCCCGGCCUUACGUUUUCCAAUGAGCUUAUUAGCAGAGACGAGGGUUUACACUGUGACUUUGCCUGCCUGAUGUUCAAGCACUUGAUACACAAGCCAUCGGAGCAGAGAGUGAAAGAGAUAAUUGUCAACGCAGUUAGGAUCGAGCAGGAGUUCCUCACGGAGGCUUUGCCUGUGAACCUCAUUGGGAUGAAUUGCACUUUGAUGAAGCAGUACAUUGAAUUUGUGGCCGACAGGCUUAUGCUGGAGCUGGGAUUUAGCAAGAUUUUCAGGGUAGAAAAUCCAUUUGACUUCAUGGAAAAUAUUUCACUAGAAGGAAAGACAAACUUCUUUGAGAAGCGAGUAGGCGAGUACCAGAGGAUGGGUGUGAUGUCAAGUUCAACGGAGAAUUCUUUUACCUUGGAUGCUGACUUCUAAGUAAACUGAUCAUGUGCUCUUUGCUGAUUUUUCUCCCCUUACGAUUAAAGUCAGCGGGAACAACCAACUGGCUACACCAUGAAUUGUCAUUAAAUUUGUCAGCAGGUGUCUGAAAACUGUGUAGCUACCUCAGUCUGGCCUGCUUAUGCUAGGCGUGUCAUUGGAAAGGAUGAUUAAAACAAAGGUAUUUGCAUUCGUAGGGGAGGUCCUGUCCUUGGCUUUUACAAGCAGUGUCGGCACCACCUUUAACUUCGUCAAAACUCCAAAAGCAUUGGUCCAGGCUUUUUAUGAGAGGUGACCCUUAGCACCUUAGCAAGCAGGAUUAAACGUUUAGAUGCCACAAGGCUGUUUCAAGAAGUUGGCCUCACUCACUGCUUCCUGCAGACAUGGCAGCGUUUACUUAACAAGCUUGUAUAUGAAACUGGCACUUUGCACGCUAAGGUGGGGACGCUGGUUUACUUGGUUUCUAGGCCAAGCAGGAAGUGUUCCACUUACCACUGAUGGCCGUCCCUUCCGAGUCUAAGAGACUAAGUCGGGGUUGAAUAAGCAUGUCAUUUCCAGGCUUUGCUCCUUAGUGAAUUGAAAUGCUGCUUCUUCAGCUUUGAAGUCAGUCAGUCCUGUGCAAUCUCGGCAUUAGCUUGCUGGUGCCGUCAGGUACAGGGUGUGUCACCCGUAGACUGGGGCAUCCCCUGCUUCAAAAGUAUUUCAGCAUAGAGAACUCCAGCUUUGAAUCACUAGAAACUUAGCCAUGAUUCGGAACACUUGCCAGUUGGCCCUGCCUUUUAUGUAAAACAAAACAAAACAGUAUGUUUUGUGUUUGCGUCCCCCCCCCCAAGUUGUGCUUUGCCCAUUUCUAGUCAGUGCGGAGUCUUGAAAGGACUUCAUAGGACUUUUCUGUAGUGAGCACAGUUUUGCUCCCAUCAGUGGUAAAGUCAGGGCUGAAAUUGGAUAAGUUUGCAAAUGCUGGGAUAGUACUGUAAAUUCUGACAUUUGCCUAAAACAUGAGUGUCACGUGGUGGUUUAUUUAAGACGGUAUAACUGUAUCUCUGGCUUGGCUUGGAAACUGCUAUGUAGACCAGGUUAGCCUCAAACUUGCCUGUGUCUCCCAAAUACUGGGAUUAAGGUUUGUGCCAACAUACCUGGUGAAUUCCCAAACACCAAAUGUUCGUGUGUGUUCCAUUCAGACUCCUUUCAAACUGAAAUACAAGUCAAUAGAUACAGUGAAUAGCUAGUUCAAAUUAAUCUGCUUUUAUGUGCAUUAAUCUUUUUUUGUGUGUUUAGGGAAAAGAACAAAAGCUAUAAUUCACCUAGUGAGUUUGAGGCCAGCUGGGGGUACACAGGUGGGAUUGUCUUAAGCCAAAAUAAUAAAAGCAAGUGUGACCUGGACCGGCGAUGCCCAUUGCUUUCCAGCCUUGUUAACCGCUAUUAUAUCAGCCCUUCCCUGACUAGUUUAUUGUAUAGUUUUACAUAUUAUUUCUGUAAUAUGAGAUCCCAUUGUACCUCUUAAAUUAUUGUUACCUAAAGUUAAUAAACUCAAAGUCUCAAAUUUGCCUGGCACACAA